AUUGAGUUCGAGUGAGUGUUGAAUGCGAAUAUGCGAAUGCGAAACUGAAUGUCGUGGCAAAUUGGGGGACGACGCGGUAUCUAAAUCGAAAUAUGAAUCGAAUGUGGCCAAACUGUAAUAAAAUUAAAUAAAAAAUUAGAUAAAAUCACAGCACAAGUUCACACACAAAAAGCAACCAAACAGGAUAACAGGAUAACAAUCAGAAGUGAUAUAGCAAAAAGCAAAAAUAGCCACGCAAGCUAAAAAAAAAAAGCAGUAACCAGAAAGAAAAAAAAAACAAAAAUAAAGAAGAAAACUCUCUCAACAACUACACUCUCCGGAAAGCAAUCGACAGCCUUUUUUUUUUACUUUUUUUGAUUUUCCAGCAAAUACUAAAAAAUUGAAAUGAGCCGCGGUUCAACUUGACAUGCUAAAUACCUAUUUUUAGCACACAACAAAGGAAAACUUGGGAGGCGUCAAUACGGUCUCGAUUCGAUUCGGCAGCAAUAAGGCGUCAAACGCGUUGCAAAAAAAAAAAAACAGAAAAAAAAGAUUUCCGAGAUUCGCCUCCUAAACGUAAGAGUCGAGAGAGAGAAGGGCAAGCAGUCAGCGGCGGAAGUCUAAACAGCGUGUGUGCCUUUCCAGUUACAUUUACCAUUUGCCAUUUACCAUUCACCGUUUACAUUAACUGUGCCUCUGGUUUCCAGAGUUCGUUAUCUCUCUCUCUCUCUCUCUCUCUCUCUCUCUCACGCACUCGUUGUUGUUGUUUGUUUCGGGACACGCCAAUUGUCUAAUGCGAAUUGUGAAUUGUGAAUUGCAGCAGCAGCAGCAGCACCAGCUGCAGUGACAGCAACCAGUGUGAGGAAGGUGCUCGCGGCAAUUGUGCUUAUCUUACGUCUCUCUUACGCUACGUAAACGUAGUGUCCACUGACGUUAUCAGUAAUCAGCUGUGCAGCGUUUUGAUUGUUGUUGUUGUUGUUGUUGUGUCGCUGUGUCGGUAACAUUAUCAAAAUAUCUUCAUUCGAAGAAGAUUAUCGGGCUGACAGGCCCAUGGUGCAGCGUGCAUCAUCCUCAGAUGCUCCCUCAAUCCAGGGCGGCCAACAUCGAGAAUCUCGAUUUGGCCUUGGAUAUACAACAUAUCAAAGCGGAUACAAUAAGCUAUUCACACAGGGUUCUGCCGACUCGAACUACUCACAACCGUCAUCCGAUCUGUCGCUAGACGAGGAAAAGGAAUCGCUUCGGCGAGAAAAGGAACGUCAGGCCUUAAGCCAGUUGGAUAAAGCGAGGAGCAAACCAGUAGCGUUCGCAGUGCGAACCAACGUAGCAUACGAUGGCGCCAUCGAUGACGAUUCGCCCGUGCAGGGUGGUGCGGUUUCAUUCGAGAUGCGGGAGUUCUUGCACAUCAAGGAGAAGUACGACAAUAACUGGUGGAUCGGCAGACUGGUUAGGGAGGGCUGUGAUGUGGGCUUCAUACCCAGCCCCGCUAAGCUAGACAACAUUCGCAUGCAGAAUCAAACUAGACCCUCAAGACUGUACGGCACAAAGGGCUCCUCCAGCGGCAAUUUAGGUGCGGGACAAGCAGGUGCGGAGCCAUCACGAGGUAGCACACCCCCCACACCUGACCCCUAUAGUACAACACCGCGCAAGAAAAAACAAGGUGACGAAUCAGAUUCCAUGGGACCAGGACGACAUGGCAAAACACCAUUGGCAACGCCACCCAACAAGGAGAAGCGCAUACCGUUCUUCAAGAAACAGGAAACGGCCAGCCCCUACGAUGUGGUGCCAUCGAUGCGUCCCGUCGUCGUAGUGGGUCCAAGCCUUAAGGGUUACGAGGUAACCGACAUGAUGCAGAAGGCACUAUUCGAUUUCCUCAAGCAUCGCUUCGAGGGUCGCAUCAUUAUAACGCGCGUCAUGGCCGAUAUAUCGCUGGCGAAACGAUCGAUUCUCAACAAUCCAUCGAAGCGGGCGAUCAUGGAGCGUUCCAGCAGUCGUUCCGAUUGCAUGGGCAAAGUGCAAGAGGAGAUCGAGCGCAUCUUUGAGCUGUCCCGUUCACUGCAGCUGGUCGUACUCGAUUGUGAUACAAUCAAUCAUCCGUCACAAUUAGCAAAAACUUCAUUAGCGCCAACAAUAGUUUACUUAAAGAUUAGUAGUAGUAAGGUCUUACAGCGUUUAAUCAAAUCACGGGGCAAGUCGCAAGCUAAAAACUUAAACGUACAAAUGGUUGCCGCUGAGAAACUCACCCAAUGCCCACCCGAAAUGUUCGAUGUCAUUUUAGAUGAGAACCAAUUGGAAGACGCAUGCGAGCACAUCGCCGAAUAUUUGGAGACGUACUGGAAGGCAACGCAUCCGGAUAUUCGAAGCGGCACAGUGCCGGCCAUUGCCAGGCCGAUACCGUCUCAGGAGGUGUCCGCCUCACCGUCUGCAGACCAGACGCACAUGGGUCCAACACCACCAGUCGAUGGCGAGGAGUUUGACGAACACGAGCCACGAAUGGCGAGUGCCGAACGCGAAGGUAGUCGGGAAAGGGAUCGGGAGAGGGAACGGGAUCGUGGCAGUAGGGAAAGAGAGCGAGAGAAUGAGCGCGACUACUGGGAUAGGGAGUUCAACAGAGAUCGCAGUUCGAAAGACAGAGAGAGAGAUUUGGAGUGGGAGCGCGAGAGAGCACGCGAAUGGGAAAGAGAGCGAGAAAGGGAUUGGGAUAGAGAGUUCGAUUGGGACCAAGGAGGUGCCUCUUACCAUCACAGCCGUCGGCCGGCCACUGGACGUCACCAGGAGCGGAGCGGGGGCAGCGGCGGCCCGGCGUCCCAUGCCGCCACCUACGAACGUGAACGGGAGCGCUACGAGCGAAAGGCGCAGGAAAGAGAACGACUGCAUGCCCGUGAUCGUGAUCUCAUGCACUACGAUCUCAACAGCGAUGAGAUGCUCGACGAGCGCAACUUUGAGUAUCCGGCGAUGCGUAGCGGCCCCAGUGGCGCCUCCCAUCACGGCCAUCUGUCACGCGGCGGCCGUCUGCUCGACUCCGACACCGAUUUUGAGCGCGACGAUCGACUGUUGGGCGCCAGUUCGAGGACACGCUACGGACCGGGACCAUCGACACGCAUCGAUGAUCCGCGCAUGGAUGUGUCGCGGGCGGCCGCUGUUGUCGAUCGCGAUCGCGAUGAAUACAGUCCGCACAGAGGUGGUGGAAGUAGUAGGAGAAUGCUGAAUGCCAUGUAGGAAUCGUGGAUA